CUAAAAUCGCUCGCCUGGAUGCAAACGAUCAAUUGCUUUCAGAACAUCGCAGAUACGAACUGCUAGCAAAACAGGAAACCUACAGAUAUAAAGAUUAUCAACCUGGAUGGCCCAAAUGUUUAGACGCCGAUUCGGUGGACCAUUUGCACCUGAGUGAUCAAUAUUCCAGCAUCAAAUCCUGCUCUUUCCGAGUCCUCCUGAAAACUGCGGAAAUCGAGCUGAAGCUAAAAGGGUUGCUGAACCUCAAGGGAUCCUGGAAAAAAUUGGCUGACAUCCGAAGGGCUUUUUGGUUUUAUCGGACCCCAACCUCAGAAUAUGUCAGCAAGCAUUGGGACGAAGAUGCGUUUUUUGGCUACCAGUAUCUCAACGGGGCGAGCCCCGGGAUCAUUCAGCGAUGCACAGAGAUCCCAGCAAAAUUCCCGGUGACCCAAGAGAUGGUGGUCGAAUCGUUGGGACUGGAGACCACCCUGGAGAAAGAGGUGGAG